CUCAGCACAAGUUCGUGAAGUAUAGACAGACGACGAAGAUGAAGAGGGCUAUGGCGGCUCUUUCAUGCCGCCGGCUGGAGUCGAUUGCUGCCAUUGUGGCCUUGUCCUUCUUCUUGGGCGGCGGCCCUCUCGCGGCGAUGGCGCAAGCAGGCAAGGACGCGAAGGUGUUCCAGAUUCUGAAGAACGAGACGCAGUUUUCCAUGUUCUACGAGGCUCUGCUGAACACCAAGGAAAUCUGGAACGUGGAGGGGCGCACGCAGAUCAACGGCUCGCAGUUACUCCUUUUCGCUCCCACUAACGCAGCGCUCACCGCCGCUCUCUCUAACGGUGUGCUCCCGUGUCUGCAGAGCGAGAAUGGUAAGGCGGUCUUCGCCGACUUCUUGAUGUAUCUUCAGUUUAAUGUUCCCAUCUCACCGAGGGUGACAUCCGUGGAAGWUCUGCUCAACGUCACCAAGGAAGGGAAGAUCUACUCGGCCAAUGGUAAGGCAAUGUCCGUCGCUAAGGUGAACGGCUUGAUCAGUAUCACUGGCGACGACGGACAGGAGGCGCUGCCCAUCCAGAAGGUGAUAGUCACGGAUCCGACCGUGACGCUCAUUCCUCUCGAGGAAAGCGUUCCCGUUGAGGCGGAAACUGGCGACAAGAUCUUGAGCACGUGUUUUGGCGACGACGGGUCGGAGCCAUCCACCGCGCCACCCACCAGCCGUGGCCCUCAAUCCUCGGGGCAAUCCUCCGCACACGCCUCGCGCUCUGCGCCGGCUAGUCGUCCGGCACGCGCUCCUGCCUCCUCGCACUCUGUGCCUGCGAGCAGUCCCGGCAAACGCUCAAGGAUGUUGCUGUACUAAGGAAGUUCAUGGUCCUCUGGAGUCGCUUAGUUCACCAACAUCUUUGCGGGGCGCGAUUCGCGUUUAGCUCUCGUCG